UUACAGAAUAUACUACUACUGGCGCUACAAACGUUUAACUUUUAAUAUACAAGUUACUUAGUCGUAGUAACCUAUGAAUUUUAAGUUUAUCGGUGACAAGUAGACAAGUGUCUUGAUUGUACAAUCUGGCAGUCAAAAUAUAAAGAUUUUAAAAUGAGUUCGCUAGAUUGGGACGAAGUUAAAAGAUUAGCUGCUGAUUUUCAAAAAGCACAAUUAAGUUCCACUUUGCAAAAAUUAUCAGAGCGGAAUUGUGUGGAAAUUGUAACAAAAUUAAUAGAGACUAAACUAUUAGAUGUAAUAUUUACUAAUGAUGGUAAAGAAUAUGUAACACCUCAGCAUCUUGGAAAGGAAAUCAAAGAUGAAUUGUACAUUCAUGGUGGAAGGAUUAGUUUGGUUGAUUUAGCACAAAUUCUUAAUGUGAAUUUAUCUCAUGUGUCCAAAGUGACAAGUGAGAUAGAAAAAACUAAUAAAGGAUUUAAAUUGAUACUUGGACAACUUAUUGAUAAAGUUUAUAUGAACAAAAUUUCUGAGGAAAUCAAUGAUAAAUUAAUGCAACUUGGCAGCGUUAAUGUCUCUGAAUUAACAAUACAAUAUGAUUUACCUGCUGAAUUUUUACAAUCUCUUAUUGAAAAGGAAUUGGGGAAAACAAUAUUUGGUAAACAGGAUACACAAGAUUUUAGAGUCUUUUAUACAGAAAGUUUUAUAGCUAGAAAUAGAGCUAAAAUAAGAGGGGCCUUAUCUGCUAUUACUAAGCCUACACCAUUAUCGAUAGUUUUAGCACAGUGUUCUGUUUCAGAAAGAAUAUUUUUUUCAAUUCUGGAUAAUCUACAGGAAAUGAAACAAAUUCCUGGGGUUAUAGCAGGAAAACAGGGAACUAAGAGUUUUUAUGUACCAACUAUAUAUUCUAAAAGUCAAAAUGAGUGGGUGGAAAACUUUUACAAACAAAAUGGUUACUUAGAAUAUGAUGCACUUAAUCGUCUUGGCAUAUCAGAUCCACCAAACUUUGUGAAACGUCAUUUUCCAAAUGAAGAUAUAAUAUUAUUGGAUUCUGUUGCUGUGGGUUCAACCAUUAACGACCAAGUAUAUGCAAAUAUUGAAGACGCUGUUGCAAGCGGAUCUUUUGUAGAUAUAAGCCCCCUUCUCCCUUCUGUAUUUACUGAUAAAGAUAUGGAAAUGCUUCUUAAAUUAGCAGAAAAAAAAUUAAAUAACAAUACACAUGUAUUUGCAAACACUGUAGUAAUAACUGAUACAUUUUUGCAAUCGCUAUACAAAUCUUUUGAAACCAUGGCUGAUACAAAAGCUAAGGAAGCAGUUGCUAGUGGUCAAUGGUUUCAAACUGUAGCAGAAAACAGGAUAAAAUCUAAAUCAGUGGACCUCAUUAUUGAAAGCAAAGGAAAUAAGAAGGAAGAGCGUCGAAAGAAAGCAACAAGUGGUAAAGCAGGUGGUGGUAGUCAAGGAAGAGAAACAAAAACAAAAUCUACUAAAAAGAAAUAUUUACAAGGCAAAGUUCGUGACAAUGAUUCUGACGAUGAACAUCCAAAAAUGACAUCAGGAAAGAUAGAACUGCAGCUAGUGUCCUUGGAAGAUGUACAGAAUGAAAUUUCAAAAGAUGAUAAUUUAGCAGUAAUCGAUGAAUUAAUAGAAGAGUUGGCAUUGUAUUUACAACCAAGAGUAAAUAGCCAUGCAUUAUCAGUGGCAGAAUCAUUAGCACAGAACAAUAAAACUACUAAUUUAAGUGAAAUUGAAGAACAUCUUAAUGUGUUAAUAACAAAUAUUAAAAUAUUUGAAAAAGGCAUUAAAUAUUUGGACAAAACAGAUCAACCUGCUUUAACAAAAUAUUUAUUAAAAUCUCUUGGUACAGAUUUCUUAACAGAGUUAUUUAAAUUAGCUGCACAACAAAAUAUGCUACAAAUUCCUAGCAAUAUUACUACUGAAGCAAGACAAAAAAUGUUGCUGGAUUUGCCUAACGAUGUUAAAGAGCCUUUGACUAAUAUACAUAAAUCAGUUGCUGGAACUUCCAUAGAUGAUUUUUUAAAUGUUGCAGAUGCUGCAAUGGCAUCUUGUUGUUUAGUAUUAAAAAAAUUUGACAAAAAGAAGGAACGACCAUUUAUAUUAGGGCACAGGGAAGCUUUACUGGAAGAACUGAAUACUACUCAAGAUCCUGCUUUGGCAUUGCAUCUAGUCACAAGCAUAUUAUUUACUGCAGCAACACAAAAUGCUUUAUACAUGUCUGGGCGACAUGUGUCAACAGUUCUUUCAUUUCUUCAAGUACACUUACAAUCUUCAACGGCCGCCGUAUUAUCUAAAUAUCAUGAUUUGGUUUUAAAAAGCUUAACUUCUACAGAUGAUGAUACAAAACUUGAGGUUAACAAAAAUUUAGAGGCUGGUUUGAUAGAGAUUAAAACUAUUGCGAACGAAUUUAAGCAACACAUAAAAACUGAAAAAUCACAAGAAUAAAUAUAUAAAAACUUGUAUAUAAAUAUAAAUGUUGUUGUUUUAUAUAAAAAUAUAUUUCAAAAAUUUGUAUUUUGCAAUAAAUUCUACUAAAAUGA